AUAUUAAUUACGUUAAGUCUUUCAAAGUUUUAUAUUUAAUGGUGAUAGAUUGUACAUAGUUAGUACUAAAAAAUGUGUCAUCCACUCUAUUAAUAAUUUAUAUGUUAAUUAAUACAAGUGUUUAGAUAAAUGUUUUCGAAUGCAACAUGUCUUCUCUGCAAUUUAUAGUUCACCCAUUACCUGGCAAUGAAGAUCAAUUAAACGAUAGACUUAGAGAAGUCGCUGACAAACUCAAUCGUUUUGGUUAUACAACGCCUCAAUCAUUGAGCUCUAUAAGAGCACCUAUUAAGGAAAUUGUCGUCGGUCCAACUCAUUUUGGAAUUCUAUUUGAAGAUGGUCAAGUUUGUCGGUUGCCAUUCUCAAUUAUCCCUGAUAGACUAGAUUUGACCAAGCAGGAUACUACGAGAAGUACUGGAUCAGGUGGAUCUGGUGUGCCUCCUAUAGGAGGAACUUCAAACAGCAAUAAUUCUGCUGGCAAUGGCAAUAAAGGCAACUCUAGUAGCGGAGCAGCAAAUGGUUCAACUGGACGUCAGCUUGCAAGAUCCCGAGCUAGGAUAUCCAUGAGAGCCACCAAUACUGCUGUCAGAGGUAGAUCACGUGGUGCUGCUGGUGUCAUAAUUGGAGCAGGUAGUGGCAGUAGCAGUUCAGGGGGGACACGUUCUGUUGUGUCAUUACCUGCCCCAUAUGUGCCAGAAGAUCUAGUUUCACAAGCACAAGUUGUUCUGCAGGGAAAAAGUCGAAAUUUAAUCAUUCGUGAAUUACAGCGGACCAAUUUGGAUGUUAAUUUGGCUGUGAAUAACUUACUUUCACGAGAUGAUGAAGAAGGUGAAGAUGCUGAAGAUGGAAGUGACUACGUUCCAGAAGAUCUAAUAAGUUUAUUAGAUGGUGGUUUCCAUGCAGCAGCUGCUGCUGAUCAUGGUAGUGUUAUAAUUGAUGCAGAUGCCAUGUUUUCUGAAGAUGUGUUUGGGGGUUAUUCCAAUAUACGGAACUUAUUGUACAGUCGCAGUCGUGGAUCUGCACCCGCUUCAUCUUCCGGCGCUGGGGCACGAGAUAGCGCUGCACCUGGCAGUGGAGCUUCAUCCAUCAGUCAACAGCAACCAGCCUCCUCUACAGGGCCAGUGGCAGUCAAUCCAUCUAGCAGUGGUCCUGGCAAUAAUGCAUCCAGUGGUGCAGGGGGCGUGCCAGUAGAGAGAGACAGCUUUUCAAGAUGGAGAGAUAGGCAUUAUUUUGGACCAAGGAGAUGGUUUUCCAGUUCUUUAAGGGAUGACACUUCUUGGGAAAAGGAUUCUCCAACCACUGAAUCUAAAAAGAAAGAUACUUCUCCACCUGGUUCUCAACCGCCUACAGCGCUUCCGGCGAGCACAGCAGCCAGUAGUCCGUUGUGGAUUUCUGAUGAAUUAGAACAUUGGCCUUUAGAAAGAAAUUCUUCAGCGGUAAAUGAUACUCAGACAACACCUAGAUUUUCAAAGAUUGCUUGCUUGCAUUCUGAAUUAAUCGCAGUAUCAGCAGUAGAUGGUAAAUUACAUCAGUGGCGUUGGUGUGAUCCUGAACCUUACAAACAUCCGGAUUUGCCUAACAUACAUCAUCCCAAAGUGCAAGCUCUGAAUUUAGUUAAUGAAGUUAUAGUGCAUAUUUCAGCAACAUCAAUCCGAUGUUCUGUUGCUACUGAAUCUGGAAAAGUGGCAACUUGGCUGGAUGAAACUUUAUGUCAUGCAAGUGGAAAAUUGGAACAUUCAGCUCAGGCAUUUAGUGAAUUUUCGCAGGACCGUAUAACAAACCUCUACACAUGCACAUUAUAUACUGUAGUGCGUUUAGAAAGUGGUGCACUAUAUUGGUGGGGAAUUUUACCAUUUGCCCAACGUAAGCGAUUAUGGGAUCGCCAUAAAGCUAAAACACGCAAACCUUCUAGACCAUCUAGUAUUGAAGUUACUUGCGGUGCACAAGUUUGUAUGAAAAAUAGUCCUAUGUAUCAGCCAGGAGCUAUCGGUUUCACAAUUUCAAAUGGUGUUCCAAAAGUUGGGCAACUUCAAAAUUCUGCUUGGAGUUUAACAGAUUUAUGCCAAUUUAAGGUUUUGCCUGCACCAGUUUCUGAGAAUUCUCACACAAGUAACAUAACCACAGCUUCAAUAGGAGCAACAACUUCAGGGCCUGGUAAUUCAAAAGGAACUUGUGUUCAAAAGGAAACAGCCGAUCGUAUGGAUAUGCCACCUCCACCAUCACCAGCUUCUAGUACUUGUAGUGAUACUGGCAGUAUUACUAAUAGUCACAAAAGACAAAGAAGAGUGACUGUAAAAGAUGACUCAAAUAUUGAACCUAAGAAAGAUGAUGAAGAAUUGUGGUUACUGAAGGAUGUUGUUUUUAUUGAAGAUGUUCGCAGCAUACCCAUUGGUAAAGUAUUGAAAGUUGAUGGAGCAUAUGCAGCAGUAAAAUUUCCUUCAGCAAGCAUAGGAAAAAAUGAGAAAGAAGAAGAAACUUGUAAUUUAUUGCAAGAUUGUAGAUUGAUGAGAAAAGAUGAAUUACAGGUGAUAAAAUCAAUGACAACAUCACGUGCUCCUGACUGUUUCCAAAGAUCGCCACGACGCAUAUCAUUACCAGAAGGUUUAGCUCCGCAUGUAUUGUCACUAGCUGUGGAUACCAGAGGUGUUCAUGCUAUUGUAAGAGGUGGAAAUAUAGGAUCUAGGUUAUGCUACUCAGUAUUUUCAUUGAACACUGGGCGACAAGAAACUGAAGCACCUUUUCCUAGUGACCCUACUGCAUUUCUUGGUUUGAAUAUAAGUGAUAUCAGUUUGACAUGCAUUGGUGAGGGAAAUGAUAGUGUGCUACUACUGAGGGAUGGGAAUCGCACUUUAUAUCCAUUGGCCAAAGAUUGUAUGGAAUGUAUUCGAGAUCCCAAUACACUAGACUUGCCCCCUAUAAGAAGUUUAGGAGCAUCUGUAAUAGCAUUGCCUUCAUCAUCGAUUUCAAAUAAUCUUAAAACCCAAGUGGCUCUUAUAGCAAUGGCAACAGAAGUGCAACUUUUGAUGCCCAGAAUUUUAAGAUGUGAUAUUGAAGGAAUUAAAAUAAUUUUAGCCCAACUGGAAGGUGACUUGAAAUCACAAUUACCUUUGGUACUAAAUGAACGUUGUGAUGGUAAUAGGAAUAUUCUACAUGCUUGCGUUAGUAUGUGCGCACCUGUUUCAAACAAAAUUUUUGACAUAACUGGUCAAACGGAACAGGGAUUAUCUAUUCCAGAAUCGGGUCCCAAUGUGACUUCAAUUCCUGUAGCUCCUCCUCCUGCUACAGAGGAACCUUCAAUGCCUAUAGUAUAUUGGUCAGAAAAUUUUGAACCACAGCCUCCACCUAGUGAAGUUGAAAAUGGGUGCAAAAAUUCUGCUUCAUCAGUUGCAAGCACCCAGAAAGGUAAUGCCAAUGUAGCUCCCAUAUUCAUAAUUGAUGAGAAUGAAAGACGCAAUAAUGCCAUUGCAGCUGUCCAACUGUUAUGUGAUAGUCCAGCAUUACAACCACAUCUCAAAGAAUUGCUAAGUGCCAAGGAUGCACAAGGGCAAACUCCGUUCAUGCUUUCAGUGGCAGUUCGUGCCUAUCGUGCUGGUCUUACUUUGUUGACCACUAUCAGCCAAGUAAGUGGUGGAAAUGCAUCUAUUAGAGACAGUAUGCUAUUCCCUCCUGGUAGUGCACCAGAUCAUUCACCAUUGCAUGUUUUGUGUUGUAAUGACACAUGCAGCUUUACUUGGACUGGCGCAGAGCAUAUUAAUCAGGAUAUAUUUGAAUGCCGAACUUGUGGUCUGACAGGUUCUCUUUGCUGCUGCACUGAAUGCGCAAAAGUUUGCCAUAAAGGACAUGAUUGCAAACUGAAGAGAACUUCUCCAACAGCAUAUUGUGAUUGUUGGGAGAAAUGUAAAUGCAAGGCAUUGAUACAAGGAAGUCAAACUGCAAGAUUUACUCUGAUGUGUCGAUUGGUUGCAGGAACAGACUUGGUUACAACAUUUAAUAGCCGAGGUGAGAGUAUUCUGUUGUUCUUAGUCCAAACAGUGGGCAGACAGUCAAUCGAACAAAGACAGUAUAGAACUGCAAGGCCCAGAAGCACCUCAGGUAAGGGAAAGGCUAUAAUUCAUAUUAUUUAAUAAUGUUACACAGCAUAUAUAUGUGAUUUAAAUUUUAAUAUUAUAUUAGCUGAAGGAGAUAUGCCUGAUCAUGAUUUAGAGCCCCCGCGAUUUGCUAAGCGUGCUCUGGAAUUUAUUUUAAGAGAUUGGCCAGGUUUGCGAGCUAUGAUAUUAUCAGGUGUUGUGGACAAUUCUGUAUGCAGCAAUCUUCAGAAAGAAGAUGAUACUGCAUACAUAAAUGGUCAAAGUGGAACUACAUUAUUGGAUAGAUUUACUCACAAUCUUUUUGUACGAUGUAAUUGUGAUUUGCUAGAUGCUUUACUAGAAACCUUAGUACGAGAAAUUAAUAACACAUCUGUUCCUGGGCGCUGUGAAGAAGCUACUCUGGUUGCAAGGCGUUUUGUAAGAUCAGUUGCGAGAGUUUUUGUGAUAUUCAGUGUUGAAAGUACGCCAUCGGCAGACAAGAGAAGAGGAGUUGGUGGCAGUGUGCAUCCAAUAUUAAAAUGUCGAAAAGUUUUCCAGUCUCUUAUCAAAUUAUCUAUUGAAGAAUUAUGUGAGACUGCAGAUUCAUUAAUUUCACCAGUCAGAUUAGGUGUUGUUCGACCAACAGCGCCAUUUUCUUUGCCUAAUUCUCCAGUUGAAAUUGUUAACAGUUCCGAGGAUUUAUUUUCUGUUGAGCCUUUGACGCCUUUAAAUACAAGGGCUAACAUUUCGACAAAUUCAAAUGUAUUAUCUGCAGAUAUGACAAAUAAUGGUGCCAGUAGAAAUCGUGGCAUUGGCCAAAGAAUACAUACAUCAACUCUUAAUUUGGAUGAUACAAUAGAUAAUGAAGGUAUGGCAGUAGAUGAUCAGGAAGGGGAAACUUCAGAACAAGAUGAUUUGGAUAGAAGUGGUGCUCUGGCUGUAUCUGGUGGUGAGCAAAUGGAAUCUGAACAGCCUGAUCCUUUGAGCGGACAGGCAAAUGCUGAUGUUACUUUGGAGGAAAGUGAUGUUGAAUUAGAUUUAUUGGUCGAAGCUGACACUGAGUCUGAAAGUGAUGAUAAUCAUAGUAAUCAGGAUGCACAAUCUGCACAACGCAGUGUUCAAACUGGUGCUACUGCAGGAUCCGAUACAGGUUAUUUGUGAUUAUAUAUAAUAUGCUAUAAUAACUAUAUAUACUAUAGAGAUUAUGAUUUUUACUUUUCAUUUGUAAUAGAUGAAUCAGGUGAAUCUUCACAACCAGAAGAAGAAGGAAGUGAAAAUGGUGAUACAGACGAAUUGAGCACAGCUGAGACAAUAGCCAAUGAUGAAUUGUUGGAGCGUAGAAUUACCGGAACUGGGCAUUUACAUCGUAACAACUUAGCUCCUCAGAGUAUGCAAUGGGCUAUAAGGAGUCGCGAAAACAACAGGGCAUCAGGUGGAGUACGUUUAUCUACUGGUUCAAAUCUUGUGUUUAUUGAUUCAAGUUCGUUGCGUAGAACUGCUGCAGCUACUGCAGCUGUUGCUGCCGCUAAUCAUCAAGAACCGCAUACAAUGGCCACAACUGCCAGUUGUUUGGCUAGAGGAUUCGGUAUUGUUAUCCGCCAAAUAGCCGAACUUUUAGCUGCAUUGCAUGAUUAUUCACAUGUAGGCUUACUUCAUAAAUCUCUUGAAGUUUCAUUUGAUGAAAUUAUGAAACUACAGAUGUACUUGGAAUAUCGUUUACGGGGGACAUGGGAAUGGCUUUUGACUGUAAUGGAUGCUACUGAAGCUCAAUUGAGGUUCGGAGCCUCUUUAACUCAUGCAGCUGAUCCUGCCCACCCUGGUCAUCCAUUGCAUGCCCCCUCAGUUGGAGGAGCGGUUCCAGGAACAGCAGGAUCACAGUCUGGUGCAACAUUGGGAAUGGUAAAUGCAAUUGGAUCAGGAAAUCCAUCCUCAUCUUCAGCAGGGGCUAGUAGAGUGUCACGUGGCGGCGGAGGUGGCGGUAGCGGGGGCGGUGGACAAGCAGGAAACGCGGGAAGUGCUGUUGGUCCUCGUCUAGUUGGUUUCGGGUCAUCCACAGAAACAUCCAGGGGUCGUGGGGCUGAUCGAGAUGCUCGACGUGAGUUUUUGAGUUAUUGCUUAUCUUUGAUGCGUGCUCAUAAUGCAGAACAUCGAGACUCACUACCAGUUUUGGAUGUGUCUUCCUUACGCCAUGUGGCCUACGUUCUAGAUGCUUUAAUUUAUUUGAUGAGAGGUGGCAGCGGCGCUAGCUCAGCAAAUGAACCGCAAACAUCAGCUGCUAGUCUAGUUGGAGAAAGGGGAGAUAGGGAACCGUAUUUCUGGCAAAUUUCUGAUGCUGAUGAAAAUGAAAAUGAUGAGACUGAAGAUGAGGCCGGACCGGGUAUGGAACCUAUGGACACGAUAGAUGAUCAAGACUCGUUGACUAGUGUUCCAUAUUCUAACAAAACAAGCAUUUCUGAGAAUAAGGGUCGUAAACAUUCAUUCUUUCAGCGCUCAGAAUCUACUUUGUGUCUGGGGUGUCCACCACCGGAUCCAUUUGCUAUACCUAUGGUAGAAGCACUUCCUUUAGCAGAUCAACCACAUUUGUUACAGCCCAAUGCUAGGAGAGAUGAUUUAUUUGGAAUACCAAAAAUGCCUAUCACUGUACCACCAGCAGAAUCUGCUCCUCCUGGCACUUACAACCCAUUAGAAAUGCUUCCAACUCAAUUGGGUUUAUCAUUACGAGGUUCCAACUCUUCAAUGAAUGUAGGAGUAAAUAAUGCAGCUUACCAUGGUCAAUCAAUGUCAAACAAUGUAAAUAAUAAGCAUCAAGAUGACACAGAUGAUGAUGACGACGAUGAUGAUGAUGAUGAUGACGACGAAGAUGAUGAGGAAGAUGCAGAAGAAAAUGAAGUAGAUAUUAAACCUGACUUGGCGGAUGUUACUAAUACUGAAAUGAUACCAAUAAAGCAAGAGAAUAUCACUGAAAAGAUGGAAACCACAGAUUCUACAAACCAAACGACCAUACCAGAUUUGGAAAAUUCAGAUGCUCAGUCUCACAGCAAUUUUGAUACAUUUGCUAAGAAUAAAAAAUCAGAAGCUUCAGAAGAACCACAAGAUUUGUCAUGCUCAAAAGAUGUUCCCAAUACAAAUCUGCAAGAUUCAAACUCCUCUGAUGUUGCUGGCCCAAGCGGACAAUCUCCUACUUCAAGAAAUGUUAAAACAGUGCGUCCUCAAAUUAUUGUAACACCGCGAAAAGUAGCAGCUGCUUUGCAAGCGGCAACUGCUAAGGUUCUUGCUGAUGCUAACAAGAAGAGUCUUUCAGAACUCACAGGAGACAGUCCUGAUGUCACUGUAUUACCCACUAAUUUUAGCGUCUUUGAUCUUGGAAAUUCAGAUCAAACAAAUGAUAGUAAUGCCUCUUGCAGUAGAUCGCCAACCAAAAGUGUUAUUGUUAGAGCUGGACCUUCAGUGGGCACUGGAGACAAUCCACUUCCAGAUCCAAUGGAAACACAAGAAAUUUCAGCUCAUGUUACUGUUGAAACAACUCCUUCUGUUAAUGUUAAUGUCAAACCUCCAAUUCCAAGGCCAUACCCAUCUAUUGGUCCUAUGGUGUCUCAUGAUCUAUUACUGGGUCGUUGGCGUCUGUCAUUAGACCUAUUUGGUCGUGUUUUUAUGGAAGAUGUUGGUUUAGAGCCUGGAUCGGUUGUAGCUGAACUUGGUGGAUUUCCAGUAAAAGAAGCUAAAUUCAGAAGGGAUAUGGAGAAGUUGCGAAAUGCUCAGCAAAAUGAUUUAACUUUUUUGAAGAUGGAAAGAGAUAGAAAUCAACUGUUAUUGAAAGCAUUUAAAGAACUCAACCAACAAAUAAAUCAUCAUCACAGACGUGGCUCAUCAGUUCCACCUUUAGCAGUUAAUAGAGUUAAAGUGACAUUUAAAGAUGAACCAGGUGAAGGAAGUGGUGUUGCACGUAGUUUUUAUACUUCUAUUGCCGAAGCUAUAUUAUCAAAUGAAAAACUGCCAAAUUUAGAACCAGCACAAGUAGGAAGUAAAUUCAAUCAAUUCAACAUGCUUAGAGUGCGAGGCACUCCUCCAGUUACCCCUAGAGAACAACACCGCAAUGCUGGUUCAUCUAGUAUGCGCACUAGCGGGGGCGCUUCAGGCCAUCAUCACCAUAGGCUUACUUGGAGAAGCAGAGAUGUCAGAAAAGCAUUAAACGUUGAUGCUACACCAUUCAAUCCAGGACCACAACUUCUAGAAAGUUUGAAUUCUGCACCAUCCAGUAGUUCCACAUAUGCACCGUUGACAGUCCCUCUAGUACCAUCACAAAUGGGCAAUAUUUACAAUGAUCAUUUAACGCAUCAUCAACAACAAUUAGGAGAAAGGCUUUAUCCAAGGAUAUAUGCACUACAUCCAGGAAUGGCUGCAAAAAUAACUGGAAUGCUCUUAGAAUUAGGAUCUACACAAUUAUUAAUUCUUUUAGCAUCUGAUGAAUCUUUAAGGCAACGAACCUCGGAAGCUGUAGAACUAAUAUUAUCUCAAGCUCAUCAUCAAAGUGAUACUAUAAGUAACUUAGUGCCGACAAUUCCACGUAAAACUAUUAUUGAUGAACCACUGGAAGAUAAUGGUCCCUUGUUCUAUAUGCCUGGAAAACGUGGCAUAUAUAGUCCUAGACAAGGCAGAGCAAGUAAUGAAAGAAUUAAUGCUUUUAGAAAUGUUGGAAGAUUUAUUGGCCUGUGUCUGUUACAAAAUGAACUGUUCCCACUGUUUUUAUCGAGGCAUGUACUGAAAUCUAUACUGGGCAGAACUGUUAGAUUUCAUGAUUUGGCUUUCUUUGAUCCAGUUAUAUAUGAGUCUUUGCGACAAUUAGUGGUUGAUGCAGAAACAAAGGAAUCAUCGAACAGUCUCUUUAGUGCUUUAGAUUUAACUUUCAGCAUUGACCUGUGCAUUGAGGAGGGCGGAGGAAAUGUUGAGUUGACUCCAGGUGGCCGAGACUUAGAGGUGACUGCAACCAAUGUUUAUGAUUAUGUCAGAAAAUAUGCUGAGUAUAGAAUGAUCAGAUCACAAGAAAAGGCUAUUGAAGCUAUUCGUGUUGGAGUGUUUGAUGUAAUACCAGAAACAUCUUUGAGUGGAUUAACUGCGGAGGAUCUUCGCUUACUAUUAAAUGGUGUAGGAGACAUAAAUGUUGCAACACUAAUUUCAUAUACCAGCUUCAAUGAUGAAUCUGGAGAGCCCGGUGAUCGUUUGUUGAAAUUCAAAAGAUGGCUCUGGUCUAUUGUUGAGAAAAUGAAUAAUAUAGAGAGACAAGACUUGGUGUAUUUUUGGACUGGUUCACCAGCUCUACCUGCAUCAGAAGAAGGUUUUCAACCAAUGCCCUCUGUGACAAUUAGGCCAGCCGGAGAUUCUCACUUACCUACUGCUAAUACUUGCAUAUCUCGGCUUUACAUUCCUCUGUAUAGUAGCAGAGCUGUUCUGAGACACAAAUUAUUAUUGGCCAUAAAAACAAAAAAUUUCGGUUUUGUUUAAUUUAUGAAAAUUACUUUGUUAUACUUAUCUUAUUGAUAUAUUGAAAAAUAUUUGACUUUCUAACUUAGAUUAUUUGAAUAUUAUGAAUUAUAGAAUAAACAUAUUAGAUGUAAAUAUAUUGUGUUAAUUUAUAUUCAGAUCUGUGAAAACAAAGUUAUAGGUUUAAGUGAG